CGACAGGAGACUUAUGCAGCGAUCUGAGCAAUGAAUACUUGUAUUUACAAUGCCGCGAGACCGAGACCCACGGGCGCGCGUGUGUGAAUGUACUCUUCUCCUCUUUCUUCCUAAUCUUCGUGGUGCUCCCAACUCACUAAAAUGGAAAUCCUCGGCCAAAGCAGUGUUGCUCUGAUCAGCUACGGCUUGAUCGGCUACAUCGUUUUCCACCUCCUGCGUAAUUACCUCGAGCCAGGCCUUGUCGGAAUCCCAGGUCCUUUCCUCGCCAAAUUCACCGAGCUAUGGAAGCUCUAUCAAAUUUGGAACUGGACCUUCAAAUCGUCUCUUCCUGGACUCCAUGAGAAAUAUGAUUCGACUCUCAUCCGAGUAGGACCAAAGCAAUUGAGCUGCUCGGAUCCGAAAGCGGUGGAGCUGAUCUAUGGAUUUCAUACGGAUUUUCGGAAGUCCGAUAUGGUCAAGGCUAUGGCACCGGUGUACCAGGGCAAGAAGCAGCCAACCAUGUUCGCUGCUGCGGACAACAAAACUCACGCCGCCAUCCGACGGCCUGUCGCGGGGGCGUACAGCAUGACGAAGAUGCUGCAGCUCUUCAUCAAUCCUGGCAAAGCCUGCGAUAUGCACAAUUGGUUGCAAUACUACGCCUUCGAUAUCAUUCUCGAGAUGACUAUGAGCCGUAGCUUGGGCUUCAUGAAAGCGGGAGGGGAUGUCGACGGUGUGUUGGCGCAGCUACAAAAGGAUCUGGACUACCGCGGUAUCGCCCUAGCAAUGCCAAUAAUCGAUCGCAUCUGUCGCCUGAACCCUAUCAGCAAGUACUUCAAGCCAAAGCUGUCCGCCGUGUUCGCUCUACGCUGCAAGAAAAUCCUGGCAGAUCGUAUCGCUGAGGAGAAAUCCGGCAAAUACGAAGUCCAGCGACAGACGCGCCCUCACGACUUUACCUAUGCAUUCCUCGAGGCUCAGCGGAAAGAUCCAAGCAUCUCAGACGGUCAGCUCAUCGGUUAUGUACAAGCCAACCUGGUCGCCGGCAGCGAUACUACUGCUGUGGUCAUGCGCACAGCGCUGUACUACACGAUGAAGCAGCCAUGGAUCCACAAGCGCAUUCUGGCAGAACUGGACGCGCAGAAAGAACUCACAUAUCCUGUUCCCUACAAGACCGCCCGCUUCGAGCUACCAUUUUGUGCCGCCGUCGUCCGGGAGUCCCUACGCAAACACUUCGCCUUCAUCGGCAUGAUGGAGCGACAGGUGCCCGACGGUGGCGCAGAAAUGCCCGAUGGACGCCGUCUACCGGGUGGAACUGUCAUCGGAAUGCACGGAGAUCUCAUUGGAUUGAACAAGGACAUUUUCGGACAGGACGCCCACGAGUUCAACCCGCUCCGUUGGCUUCCUGGAGUUGAGGAGUCGACUUUUGACUUUGAGAGGCGACUCAAGGCGAUGAAUUCCCAUGACCUAGCCUUCGGCCAUGGACCCAGAGGUUGUAUCGGCAAACAUGUUGCCGAAAUGGAGAUUUACAAGUUUGUGCCGACGUUUUUCGGACUGAUCGAGCCGGAAUUUACACGACCUGGUCAGAUAUGGAGACUGCGGGAGUUAUUCGUGUUCAAACAAUUGGAUAUGGAUAUGCAAUUGAGAUGGAGAGAAGGAAAGUCGUUAGCUAGUUUGAAAUUGUAG